AUGGCUCCCAAAUCCAAGUCCGACACUAACGUCGACGGCGAGGUGACCCCUCAGGAUGCCAAGUUCAUCGUCGAAUGUCUCAAGAGCAUCGGCGACGACAAGAUGGUGAACCUGGUCAAAGUCGCCGACGCCCUUGGGUACACCAACGUGGCAUCGGUUGGAAACCGGUUCCGUGCCGUUAGAAAGCGCUACGGCUUCGAGCAACUCGAGGCCAAGAGCACUGGUAUGAGCAUCACCCCUAAGGGUAAAGCCAAGUUGGAUGCUCUGGCCGGUACUCCCACCAAAGUGAAGCCCCAGGCUAAGGGCGUCAUGGAUGAUUCGUCGUCCGAUGACGACAGCUUUGUGACUGCCAAAGAGUACCAGUCUGGUAGCGACAAUGAGGGCGAGACCAAAGCUUCUGCGUCGUCUGCUGGCCCUAAGAAGGCGAUGGGUGGUCGUGGCAAGGAUGUUGAGAUGCGCGAUAAUGCCCAGGAGGCGCUUGCUCUCGCUGAGGAUGCGGGUGCCUUUGUGAAGGUCGAGGAGUCGGCCGUUGAGGACGAAGUGGUCAUCAAGUUUGAAGGUGCGGCCUAA